AUGCCCGAUGCAGGAGGAGAGACUUCCCGCCCAUGUUGGCCACAGUAUGUGGCAGCCUGGGCGAAGGCAGAUGCUGCCAUCCCCUCCGAGGAUCGCCGAUCCAUAUACACAGCCACGGUCCUCCAGAACACCUUGUACAUCGCAUCUUAUGAUGGGCUUCGGCCAAACACUGUGCAG